AUGGUCGACGGCCUUGCUGACGGGACCCUCGCUCAGCCUUCCACGGGGAAGGGACUGACGGAUCUCGACAUCGUCGCCAGAGAAACAGUACCCCUGAUGUCAAUGUUUGAUAAUGCAAUCCUGUCUCGCUCUACCAGCGAUACAACGGCUCAAUUCACCAAGGGCCCUUGUCAGCUGUCAUCGGAGGCCACUAAGAUAUCGGCAGAAGACGUCUACCAGCGGUGUACCCAUGGAGGGGCUCUGCCCGACACUCCACCUACAGCAGCCCAGGGCAACGGAGCGGACGACAAGUAUCACCGUGCGCGGUCUGCCCUUCUCUUGGCCAUGCCUCCACUCUCAACAACCCUGAGGUUAAUACACGGCAAGGGCCGCUGGUGGGAACAAUGGCAACAAAAGGCCUUCGGCACUGCCAAGCAGACAGAGUCCUUUUCCCAGUUUGCCGACCGUGCUUACCGGAAUGGACACCCGGCUGAAGUUGGCCAACUUGUCAUCGCUUACGGAAUGACUACUGAUGCCUCCAACAUCUCCCGCUAUCUUGGAGUUGUCCAGCACUGGGUCAUUUCCGAUGACGAAUACGCUUCUAGCCUUGAAGGCAUCGAAUGCAUGCUCCUGCAAGGUAAGUGUUUCGCAGAUAUCGGGCAGCCGCAGCGCUGCUGGUCCGCCUGGCGGCGCGCGAUUCUCUAUGCGGAGUUAAGGGGCCUUCACCGCAACCAUUCCACUACCGAUUAUGGCGAUCGCAUUUGGUGGUCCCUCUUCCUCGGCGACCGAUUCACAAGCUUGCUCCUUGGCGUUCCUUAUGGUAUCAGCGAUCAGUUUUGUGAUCUUCGGGUCAGGGAGGACACCAGCGGCUCGUAUUCUACCCAGCAGCAACUGCAGGUACAGAUUGGCUUGGCCAUUGGCCGCGUGAUUGAUAACAUCCAUUCAGCAACGGCGGACGCGGCUCCUAAAGCCAUGAUUUUGGAGCAUGAACUGGAACAAAUUGCUUCCUUAAUGCCUCCCUCCUGGUGGGAUCUACCGUCUACAUUGCCGAACACCGACGAAGCGAUGAUGGGCGUACGAUUGAGGCUGUCCCUCCAGCUCUGUUUCUAUCAUGUGAAGACUUACUUGCAUCUGCCAUUGAUGCUACGAUAUCCUAAUGAUCCACCUUGCGAAUACAGCACGAAAGUCUGCCUGAGGUCCGCAAGGCAAAUGCUUCAUCGCUUCCUUUUGCUUCGCAGGAGAAGGCUGGGAGCUGUCCUGGAUGAAUGUCAGACCACGGAUUUUAUCGGAUUCACCGCUGCAAUUAUCCUGAUACUAGGCUUGUUUGGAUACAAUCGGGACUCUCAUUUUCGCAACGGAUGGCAAGAUUCGGAGGAUUACCAGAUACUCAGAGAAUCACUGCAAGUUUUCAAGGAUAAUUCGAUGGCUCAGGAAGGAAGAGUAGCUGCAAGAUGCUUUGAAUCGUUGCAACUUAUCCUUAGUACCGUCGGUCCAAAGUCCAAUCCGCGGGCGAACUCUGAACGCAUUCUUAAACUUUCAAUCCCAUUCUUUGGCCAUAUCUCCGUGGUCCGCGGAAACCUGCGAAGCGACAGUCGGAGUGAUCUACAGCCAGCAAGGCAUCAGGGCUCGGGUCAGGAUGAUGCUUACGAAGACUUCAUGGCCAAUAACCUAGGGAGCGCUGUACCUUUUGAGGACGCGUUCAUCGAGUACAGUGGUCUCUAUGGUACAAAUUUUGGAGCUAAUGACGCGUUGCAAGAUUCGUUGCUCCUGGAUGCCUACACGUCCAUGCCUUGGCAGGAUACGAACGAAGAUUGGGUUUUGUGGGACACUACUACCGGGAAUUGA